AGCUCUUCCCACACUCAUCGUCGUCUUCUUGUUCAAAUAUUUUUCUCCUGCUGACCGUUCCUUAGCAACCCUCCGUAGCAUUUUGAAGGAUUCCAUGAAGUUUUCUGAAUCCCUAAUCGUCUUCCAGAAAUCUCAGACUAAGGAAUCCGACAACACAUAGAGCUUUUCGCCAGUAGUUGCUUCAAUACAAUGAGCGCAGUGAACCUCACGAACGUUUCUGUGUUGGACAAUCCGGCGCCGUUUUUGUCCCCUUUCCAGUUUGAAAUCUCCUACGAGUGCGUCGCUCCUCUCAAAGACGAUUUGGAAUGGAAACUUAUCUAUGUUGGAUCCGCUGAGGAUGAAACUUAUGAUCAACUUCUUGAAAGUGUCCUUGUUGGGCCAGUUAAUAUUGGAAACUACCGUUUUGUCUUGCAAGCAGACCCCCCCGAUCCCUCAAAAAUCCGGGAAGAAGAUAUAAUCGGUGUGACUGUCCUCCUGUUGACCUGCUCAUAUUUGAACCAGGAAUUUGUACGAGUGGGGUACUAUGUGAACAAUGAUUACGACGAUGAGCAGCUGAGAGAAGAACCGCCGCAGAAGGUAUUAAUUGACAAGGUUCAAAGAAACAUACUAUCGGAUAAGCCUAGAGUAACAAAGUUCCCCAUUAACUUUCACCCUGAAAAUAAUGAAAGCAGUGAACAAACCCCUCCACCUGAUCACGUGACUGGAGCAGAAGGAAAUGAAGAAGAGCUGCCUUGUUUGACUGAAAACCACAAAAAUGAUGGAGAGGGACAUUAACCAUCUUCUUUUCUUACAUCUCAGUUUGAGGAUCUGUAGCUGUUCAUCAUCUUGUAGAAUUGCCGUUCAACUUUGUUGUCUCUCACACUAAUCUUACUGUGUUUAUUGCAUUAAGAUAAUGGUGUGCUAAAGCAUCUUGAACUAAAUCUUUUGUUUCGUUUGUAAGUGGCUAGAAUUCAUUAAUCGGAUCAGGUGCAUGUACCAUUUUUUUUAAUAUCCUAGGUUUUAUGAUUUCAGUA